ACAGAGUCGUUUAGGGUGGGUAUGGUGUGUGAAUGAGCACACUGUGAUUGGCUAUCUAGAGGAGCUCGUUUCUUGUUGCUCAUUCAAAUGUAUCAAUGGUUUUGUAAACGCAAUGUGCGCAAGUGAGAAGACGACGCGCUAAAAGUCUAGAAAUUUCGACAAGUUUACAGAAUGUCGAUAUCUCUGGCUAGCAGGCUGUGAACAAACAGUCUGUUCAUUUUGGUGUGAGUGUACACGUAGAAUGCCAUAUAUGGCGGGAACUGUUGGCGCCAAAUUAAUCUGUAGAUCACAUGACUGUCGCAACUGCGCAAUACCGGUUUAUUUUAAAAAUUGUUGGAUUCUUAGCUAGCUAGACAUCAAAGUUAAGUGGAAAUGAACGACUUCCCUAGCGACUUGGAAAUGUGAGCAGAUGGACGAGCCAACAGAAUUGCUAAGUUUUUCACAAGACUCACGCGAUCACGUUGACACUGCAGUGCCAGUUGCUAACUUUGUUGGUGAAGGGUGAGUAAGUGAUGUGUUUGAUUUGUGAAAAGAUCUCGUGUUCAAACACUAAAUCUUAGCGUUGAAGUAGCUAGCAAUGAAGCAAUUCAGGAAGUCAAGUGAUCAACAACAAAGACCAGCAAGUACACAAGCUACAUGUAUCCACUAGAAAUAUCAUUCCACCUGAAGGAAUUGUAGAGUUGCAUGGCCAUGAUGGCAUGGUGGAUUUCCAGGCUUUGGUUGCUGAGAACAGUGCUCUUAGAGAUGAGAACAGUGCUCUGAAAACAGACGAACUCAUGCAUGAUAAUGAAUGUACAUGUAUGUUGCCGGGUCUUGUAGAGAAAGCAUUGCAGGAUUAUCAAAAGGCUGUUACAACACCAUGUCAAGAGCUUGUUACUUGCUUGAUAGUACGAAUCAGAGAGCUGGAGCAACAACAACAACAACUACAUUAUGAGAACGAGUUGUCUCUUGCACGAGAAACUGAGCAAACCCUUAGAAAUGAAAAGGAGGAGCUACGAAAACGGCUGGUGUCUGUUGAGAAUAUGUAUCGUUUACAAUCAGAGGCAAUGGAGAAGAAAGAUAGGGAAGAAGAAGCAAAACCAGUGGCAGAAGAACAAGAAUGUAGUGAAAUAACAGAAUUGAAGAACAAGACGCUAAAAUCACGUCUGGAAUUUGAAAGCUCAAAACCAACUAAAGGCCCAGGAUUGAUGUCGAAACUUACAGAAGGUAAACACACUUUAAGUGAGGAUGCAGCUGCAAGAAAUAGUCUGCAAGCAGACAGUGGAUAUAAUGGCUGUAAAUCAUCACAGACAGUGGAUCUUGCGCUGUUACCUGCAGACAUGCAACAAAACAAUGGAGCAGUGGCAGGUUCCCUUAGCGUGUAGUUCACUCACUAACAGAUUGAAGGGUAAACAACCAGAGCAAAAUCAUGAACUGAAGUCAGAGUAGGAGACCUGAACUGACAACGGAGGAAUUGAUGCACACUUUUUAUCGCUUUGAUUUAUUUUAGUGAUACAGUUUGUAGCAUGUGUAGGUGUGUGUGUGUGUGUGUGUGUGUGUGUGUGUGUGUGUGUGCAUGUGUGAGAGGUCAUGGUUUCACGUAAUUAAUUACUUAUGAGACAAUACCAGUACAGUACCAUGCUUACAAACUUUAUUAUUACAUUUUGAAUAUGUUUUGCCUUCAUGUCUCUUAUCUACUGAUGGCAAAUAUAGUUGCCUGUCUGUCACUGUUGUUGUUGUUGUUGUUGUUGCUGUUGUUGCUGCCACCACCACUGCUACUUGAAACAGUUUGAAAGACACAGGGUAGAAGGAAGAGUCACUGAAGCUCUUUUAUUUGCUGUAGACAUUUGUGGGUUUGUGUUUUGCAAAACCAACAUUUACUGGCAAUAGUUCUUAAACUGCCUUUGUAGACGAGGUGUCGGUAGAGACAGGGUUGCAUACGUGGUAAGCUCGUGCAUACAUGUGUUCAUCUCUAGAUAUUAGAGUACAGUUUAUGUAUUUUUUAAUUCGUGUUUGUUGCUUGUUAGUAGGUUGUUGUUGUUGUUGUUAGCUUGUAAGUGUGGCAAGGAGUAAAAUAAUAAAUACAUAAAUAAAUGAAUAGAUAAAUACAGACUCUUUUAGAUACAUACCGCAUGGGGUACGGUGCAUAGGGACAGUUGCAAGAAAGGGCUAAUUAGUUUAGUUCAUGUUUAGUAUAUAGCGUCAUUACAUAAAUGCUGAAUAUUUGUAUUUUAUUUUGAACACAAUUCUAAUAUGGGUCUGUCUGUGUGUAUGUAUAUGUUGCAGUUAUUUGUGUAAUACAUACUUAUGUAUGUAUGUAUAAGUAACUUUCAUCUUUAUUGUUUGACAGGGAAGUAGUCAACCUGCAAACAAAUGCAAUGCUAGGCUAUAUACUCAAUGGGUGUCAGGUGUUGCUCGUCAAUAUCCUGAAUUGUUGUCUGACACUGAACUGCUAGAACUCGGUGUGUUUGAGAAGUCUCAAUUGAUUAUCGAGCGGUUGCUUGAAAAACAAAACAACUAUGAAGAUGAGAAGCUAAAAGCAGCAGCAAAAGCACUGAAACAGGAAGGAGACAUAAUUCAAUUGAGAUUGCAUCUAAAGACGCUUCAAUGCGAAUAUGUAAAACGAAUGAAAGAAAUUGAUGAACUGAGUGAAGGAAUGAAGAAGGCACAACAUCUGAUUGAUCGUGCAAAUGAUCUUUUUUGAAAACAACGUCAAUAUUGUGAAGAUAAGCAAAAUGCAUUACAUGAGGAGAAUGGUGAUUUGGUAGAAAGAAAUAGCAAGUUAGAUGAGGAAAACAUACGGGUUGAUGAUGAGAAUGCCAGAUUGUUGCAUGAAAUAACAACUUUGAAGGAUGCACUACAAGAGGAGAAGACUGAAACUGCAGAAGAGUUGAAGAAACAAGAUGAGAUGUGGCGAUGUCUUUUGAAUGCUGCAAAACAACGGUUUAACAGUACUCAUCUUCGUGAGGUAGGCAAGCAACAAUUACGAAAUGUUGGUGAAAGGGCAGAUUUUGUGCAAAGUGCUGACCGUGAUCAAACUACAACAGCUGAUCAUGACAGUGGCCACCCAACUUCAGAUAUUACGAACAAUCCAACUACUCUCAAAGCAACAGAAUGCUUGUCUACUGUAGAGGAAGAUCAUGAACAAGUAGAAUUACUCUCUCCAGUAGUCUGUUCAUCAUUUAGUGGAUCAGCAACGUUAUCAAAUGGUAACUCACUGACGUUGUCCAAAGGUAGUGUGCUGGCAAACCUUGAAGAGAAAGAGCAUGUCGAAUAUUUAGUCAGAAGUUCAGUUAAAUCUGAUCAUGAGAAUGAUUUAAAUGAUGAUCAUACAACCAAAGUGCACAACACUCAAGCAGUGCAAGAAAGCCAUGUGAUGAAGGCAAAAUUUCAAGAAAACCAACAUUCAGAUGAUCUUAAGGACUCACAUUCAAUGUUAGGCAAAAGAGAUGUAAAAGUACCAGUUGAUCUACAUGUUCGGAAGCCACACCAGCCAAUGAUCAGCACUCAGUUUUUCGACAUCGGUGAUUUGGCCUUGUUCUGUUACUCUGAAGAUGUUGAAAUGUAUGUUGCACUCAGUACUAGUUGUGAGAAACAGUUUUUGCAUCCAGAGUCACAGGAAAAACUGCAGCCAUCCACAGCCAAUACUUCAAAGGGAUCAGAUCCUAUUAUUAUGGCAAUUACAAAUCGAGAGUUCUGCAAUAUUACAAAAGAUAAACUGUUGUUGUUUUUGGGAUGAAAAUGAGUUCAACCUUCCUGUUGACAUGAAGUUUUGGAGGCUCUCAGCAAGGAGAUUCAUCCCCAAUGUUGCUUUUUAACAAGAGCUCUUGUCCAUAUACUGCAAAUCGUUGUCGUACUAUUUUUGUAUGUCGUGCAAACUUCAGUUUAUAGGAGAGAGUGUUUGCCAUCAUUUGACUGUACAGUAUUGGUACAUUGUAAAAAUUAAUUAAUCUUUCUAAUUAAAUUACAAAUAUAAUAUGCAGUAAUAUG